CAGUGAGCGCGCACACCACUCUCUAGUCUACACUGUCAGAUGUAGAGCUCAGUAAGACUUUGUUGCAAUAAUCCAUCAUCAAUAAUGAAGGGAAGAUUUAACACGGUGGACAUCAGAGCAGCGAUCGCAGAGAUCAAUGCUAACUGUGUCGGGAUGAGAGUGAACAACAUCUAUGACAUCGAUACUAAAACAUACCUGAUCAAACUGCAAAAGCCUGACACUAAAGUUGUGUUGUUGAUCGAGUCUGGGAUUCGAAUUCACCGCACUGAGUUUGAAUGGCCCAAGAACCUCAUGCCAUCUGGAUUUGCCAUGAAGUGUCGAAAGCACCUGAAGUCCAGACGGCUCGUGCACGUGAAGCAGCUCGGUGUGGACAGGAUCGUGGACAUUCAGUUUGGAUCUGACGAGGCCGCGUACCACCUGAUCCUGGAGCUGUAUGAUCGAGGAAACAUCAUUCUGACAGAUCACGAGUUCACCAUCUUAAAUCUCCUCCGCUUCCGCACCGCAGAGGCUGAAGAUGUGAAGAUCGCUGUGAGGGAGAGAUAUCCAGUAGAGAAGGCCAGACCCAUAGAGUCACUCAUCAGUCUGGAGAGACUCACUGAGCUCUUGUCUAAAUCUCAGAAUGGAGAACAAGUGAAACGAAUUCUGAAUCCUCAUCUCCCGUAUGGAGGGACGCUCAUUGAACACGGUCUCAUGGCUGUUGGACUGCCAGGCCUGAUUAAAGCCGACAGCCAGUUUAAUGUCACUCUGGAAAGUCCAAAAAUCCUAGAGGCUUUGCAGAUAGCUGAGGAUUGUAUGGAAAGAACCGCUAACUUCAGUGGAAAGGGCUACAUCAUACAGAAAAGUGAGAAAAAGCCAAGCUUGUGUCCAGAUAAACCUGAUGAAGAGCUAUUCACGUAUGAAGAGUUUCAUCCUUUCCUGUUUUGCCAACAUGAAAAAAGCCACUACGUUGAGUUUGAGUCUUUUAACAAGGCGGUUGAUGAGUUCUUCUCAAAAAUGGAGGGCCAGAAGUUGGACAUGAAAGCCCUUCAGCAGGAGAAACAAGCUCUGAAGAAGCUGCACAACGUCAGGCGAGAUCACGAGCAACGGCUGGAGGCGCUUCAUCAGGCCCAGGAGGUGGAGCGGUUGAAGGGCGAGCUGGUGGAGAUGAAUCUUCAUAUUGUGGAUCGAGCUAUACAGGUGGUGCGCAGUGCGCUGGCCAAUCAGGUGGACUGGGCUGAAAUCGGUCUGAUUGUUAAAGAAGCUCAGGCGGCCGGUGACCCCGUGGCUUCUGCCAUUAAAGAACUCAAACUCCAAAGCAAUCACAUUACCAUGCUGCUCAAGAAUCCGUAUGCCGGUUCGGAGGACGGAGAAGCGGAAGAUUCGGGAUCUGAAUUGCUGAAGGGGAAAAAGAAUAAAAACAAAGAUAAAGGAAAGAUUGAGAAGAACAAACCUGUUCUAGUGGAUGUUGACCUGAAUCUCUCUGCUUACGCCAAUGCAAAGAAAUAUUAUGACAGCAAGAGAAGUGCGGCCAAAAAAGAGCAGAAGACUGUUGAGGCGGCUCAGAAGGCCUUCAAAUCAGCUGAGAAGAAGACCAAACAAACCCUUAAAGAAGUGCAAACUGUGACCAGCAUUCAGAAAGCCAGAAAGGUUUACUGGUUUGAGAAGUUUUUGUGGUUCAUCAGCUCGGAGAACUAUCUGAUCAUCGCCGGACGAGACCAGCAGCAGAACGAGAUGAUAGUCAAACGCUACCUGAGAGCAGGGGACCUUUACAUUCACGCCGACCUGCACGGAGCCACAAGCUGCGUGAUCAAGAACCCGUCUGGUGAGCCUGUUCCUCCUCGGACGUUAACCGAGGCCGGUACGAUGGCUGUUUGCUACAGCGCAGCCUGGGAUGCUAAAGUCAUCACCAGUGCGUGGUGGGUCCAUCAUCAUCAGGUGUCCAAGACCGCACCGACAGGAGAGUAUUUAACCACAGGAAGCUUCAUGAUUAGAGGAAAGAAAAAUUUUCUUCCUCCGUCAUAUCUAAUCAUGGGCUUUGGCUUUCUUUUCAAGGUGGACGAUCAGAGCGUUUUUAGACAUCGUGGAGAGAGGAAGAUGAGAACCCUGGAGGAGGACGAGCAGUAUGAGACAUCCACUGCAAAUUUGCUGGAGGAGGGAGAAGAACUAUCGGAUGAAGAGAGCUGUGAGGAAGACGAGUCCGUCAGAAUGGCAGCAGAGGAUGAAGAUGAGCUGACAAACAUCAAAGACGACAAUAAAACAGAUGAAGCAGACGAAGAAGAAACUCACAGCGGAAAGGAAGACGAGGUUAAAGAAAGAACUAAUGAGGAUCAGAGUGUCGAGAUUCAGUUUCCAGACACAAACAUUUCACUGUCACAUCUGCAGCCCAACAGAAAUCUUCAAAGCACUGCCUUCAAGCAGGAGGUUUCAUGUCAGGAGAUCACAGAAGCGCACAGCAAAAAACACUUGACAGCUAAACAGAGGAGAGAUAUGAAGAAGAAGCAGAAACAGGAGACUGCAGAAGAUUUGGAGAAAAUCGAUACCAAACAGCAGGAAAAUGAAAACGUGGCUGCCGGCGCAGAGACGUGUAAGAGCGGAGCAGCGGUUCAGCCGCUGAAGAGGGGACAAAAGAACAAACUGAAGAAGAUGAAGGACAAAUACAAAGACCAGGAUGAAGAGGAUCGAGAGAUGAUGAUGAAGUUAUUGGGGUCUGCAGGAACCACCAAAGAAGAGAAAGUCAAGAAGGGCAAGAAAGGAAAAACGAAGGAAGAGCCGCAGAGGAAAUUUCCCCAGGAAGUUGCAGUGAGGCCAAAAGCCGAAAACAUUAAGACGCGUGCGGCUGCAGAAGAUCCAUCAGAAGGCCACGAUGAGAAGAUCACGGUGACUGAGGAGGAUUUGGACAAUCCAGCAGCUGAGGAUGUAGAGAAUAUUCUGGACUGGCUGACUGGCCUCCCACACUCAGACGAUGUGUUGAUGUUUGCAGUCCCCGUCUGUGCUCCCUACAUGGCACUUUCCAAUUACAAGUACAAAGUGAAAUUAACCCCAGGAUCUCAGAAAAAAGGGAAAGCCGCCCGCACCGCUGUGUCGAGCUUCAUACGAGGCAAAGAUGUCAGCGCACGAGAGAAAGAUUUGUUUCGCAGCGUAAAGGACACCGAUCUGUCCAGAAAUAUGCCUGGCAAAGUAAAGGUUUCUGCUCCUAACCUUCUGGCAGCAAAGAAAUGAAGCUGUUGAAAACUUCUAGAGACACUGAGCACAUCCCUGAAAUGCUUUUAAUUGCCUUCUGUAAGACUGAUUAUUUGCAAUAAAUUAUAUAUUUUAUAACUGAACAGAA